ACAGGUAAUAACGGUAAUUCACAAAAUCCCAAUAACGCAGAACAGAUACAAGUGACAGAACGUACGCACAGUUCACACCAAGGUGAUGAUACUCAUGGUAACAACGGUGCAGACAAUAGUACUACACAAACUCAGACAAGUACAGGCACUGACUCUCCUUCUGACAUUCCAUUACAGAACGGUACAACCGAUAACAUUACCUCAGCGAACACAAAUUCUGACAAUACACCCAAUAAUGAGGAGGAAUCAACCACCACCACCACCACAACAACAACACUUCCUCCUGAACUCACAAACAACAAGAAGGGUGAUGCAGACAGCAGCAGCAGUAUCAGCAGUUCUGUGUGGGUGCGUGUGCCACUACUGAUUGUGGUUACACUGGCCUGUAUUCUUGUGUGCUGA